GUCAAACUGAAAGAAAGAAAAAUGUAAAAAUGGCCUUGUUAGCGAGAAAAUUAGUGAAAAAAAUCUGCGAGAUCCAGGCGCACAACGGAAAUACGACGUGCCUCGAUUUGGGAGAGAGUGGACGUGUGCUCGUGACUGGCGGACAAGACAAAGUCGUGAAUUUGUGGGCGUUUGGCAGCGACAAAUGUUUCCUGUCUCUGCAAGGGCACAAUGGCUCGAUUAUGUGUGCAAAAUUCGCCAACAACGACAACAUUGUCUACUCUGCCGACGAAAAUGGCGUCAUAAAGCGCUGGAUCUUGGAGCAGGAGGACGAACACAGCACAUUUUAUGGGCAUUUAAAGAGCGUCAAGAGUAUUGAUUGCCAUCCAUUUGGGGAUUAUUUUGUAUCAGGCAGCAAUGACACCUCCAUCCGUUUGUGGGAUAUCCGAAGCAAUUUGUGCAUCAAAAAGUAUCGAGGUCAUAUGGCGAACGUAAAUUCGGUGAAAUUCAGUCCUGAUGGCUCGUGGAUCGCGUCAGCUGGAACUGAAGGAUCCGUAAUUAUUUGGGAUAUUCGAAUGUCAAAGCAAUUAAUUGAAUUUCCUGAACAUGCAUCUCCCGUUACCUGCGUUCAAUUUCAUCCGUACGAACUUUUACUUGGCGCAGGACGUAAUGAUGGCACCGUCGACUUGUACGAUCUGGAAUCCGAGAAGAUUAUCGCUCGUGCCACAGAUACCUCGUUCUCGGGACACACCGUCAAGUGCAUUACGUUCAACGAAAAAGGCGACAAUUUGUUCGUGGGAUCGACAAUUGGCGUUUCUGUGAUAGGUUGGGAGCCCGAUCGUGAUUUGGGGCACGUGGAAGCGACAUGGAAUAUGUUGGGCGACAUGAAAAUCAAGGGCAAUCAGUUGAUUUGUGGCGCUUAUGAGGCAACAAAGGCAGCAAUUUAUAUGACACCGAUUGAGGAAAUUUUCCGAUCAGUUGCCAGUGUCGAGCCACACUUUGAGUCGCAUCAUCCGGUACGUCGGAGCUUCAGCAAGGGCAGUGGCAAGUUACGAUUGUCGUUGCAAGGUAACAAAGGAUCCCCCCAAACUCCUGCAAUUCCCGAAGAUGGUCUCUCGUCGCCGAAUCUCAGUAUUGAGAUGAUUGACGAAGAUGGCCCGGAAUUUCCGAUGCCCAGUGACAUCACGUACAUUCAGCUUCCACCCCCAAAUAAGCCUCAACCAAUUCCGCAACCAGAAAUCAGCAGCUCAUACGCAAUGAAAAAGUCAAAAACGCCCGGCACAAAGAGUCAAAUUGCCAUUGAUGACUUGCCCGGCACCCAAAACGACUCCGGAUUAACGAAUUACUUCAGUGACGACGUCUUGUUGAUGUCCGCCGACAAAAAUAUCAAAGCCGAAAAGGAAGACUUCCCGAUAAAUAACGCACAACCGCCCGAUUACACGACAAAGCCGCUCAAACAAGUGUCACGUCAACCGGCAGCAGCACGUCAAACGCAGCAACAGAUGAUUCGACAGCCAUCGAAUGUCGAGUCGACACGCAAAAUCAGCAAUUCCGUGAGUACGAUGGAACUAAAUAAAAUUGGCGUCGACGAUGAUCCGCCAAAACCCACGGGGCGAGCUCGUCCCAUGUCUCGGGGCACGUCUCCGGUGCGAAAUAUCCGUUCCGUGAAGAAAGCCGACCAAAAUUCCGUGCUGAAUCGCGAAAACAUCAAAAACAAAAAUAUUUCAGUGCAAAUAAUGACAAAACCGCUCAGAUCCAAAAGCUCCAUCGACAUGAAAGUCCUCGGAAACGUACAGCCCACGCAAAUUCCCAAAAUUAUCAACUACAACGGUGAGAUGCAAGCAACAAGUCCGUACCAUCAUGGCCAGGUAGCGAUGCACCAACCGAUGCAACAGCACCAACAAGAAUUGCAAAUGACCCGCUCCGAGGAAACGUACAUCCAUCAGAUCCAGGAAGAGCAUACGACGGUUUUGUGUCAUCUUUCGGCGCGCAGUGCUCAAUUACAGUUGCUCACGAAGACGAUACAGGGACAAGAUGUCACCACGGUGCUCCGGAAGACCAUCGAGAUGAAUGAUCGCGGCUUGUUAGUGGACAUAAUUGGCGCGAUGCUCGAGAAAACGGCUUCCUGGAGUCUCGAUAUGUGUGUUUUGCUGCUGCCGCAAUUGUAUCAAUGGCUCCAGAGCGAGUACAAAUUCCAUGCGAUCCGCGCGUGUGAUACGCUGCGCGAAAUUAUCACCAAAUUCCAACCAAUUAUCCAGGAAACGUGCACGUAUUGGGGCUCCAACAUUGGCGUCGAUCUCACGCGCGAGGAACGCGUCAACAAAUGUAACGAAUGUCGACAAUGGCUACUCAGGAUUAAGCAGCUUCCGGAAAAUGGCACCGUUGGUGUCCCAUUGACGCAAAUUCAAAAGUUAAUUGCUGUCUAAAAACGUAGUUUUUUAAUAUUUUUUAAAUUUUGCAGUCAAUUUCAUUUAUUUUAUACACAAAUCGUCAAAUAUUUGAAUGGAUUCUGUUUGUUUUGUUUUUUUUUUCUAUAGUUUGCGUGAAAUCCGAGCCAUGUUACUUCUAUUUUUAAUGAAUUUUAAACAUUAUUUACCUAUGUACUAACAUUUACCUCAACAAAAGUAGACCUUUUUUACGAUAAUUUUUUUAUUUGUAAGCGAAAAGUAAAACAAUUUUAAUUAAUUUAUUACUCCUAAUCCCCGAUUUCCUAACAGAAUUCUCACAAAUUCAAUGCGAGAUCAGUAUGUAAGAGAGAAAAAAGAAGCGCCUAACAUUUUAUAAUAGUGAAUGUAACUAGAAUUUAGAUAAUUAAAUGCCUUUAACCCCCUUCCUAAUACGAUUAGAGGAAAAAGUUGAUCAAUUAAUGUUAAUUUGUAAGAAAUAAACAAAAAAAAAGUUAGUUUAAUAACAUUGAAUUGUAAUCCUAGUGUGUAAGACUACCCAUUAUACCACUUGUAUUUGAAAAAAAGACAUCUAAUAUUAAGUUGUAUUUACAUAUAUAUGAAGACAACAAAGGAACGAUGAAAUGCAAUUUUAAUAAA